UGCUGGUGUACCCAAGCAUGCUUGCACCCACCAUUUGUUAAAUACAUUCCCUAUCGGACAUUCAAUUCAUAUGCAGAAGUGAAGCUAGGAAUGGGGAACGCCAUAGGAGGGAGAAAGAAAGCAAAGGUGAUGAAGAUCGACGGCGAAACCUUGAAGCUGAAAACGCCGGUGUCAGCGUUCGAUGUUAUUAAGGAUUACCCUGGGCAUGUGUUGUUGGACUCGGAAACAGUGAAGAGGUUUGGGGUAAGAGCGACGCCAUUGGAGGCGGAGCAAGAACUGAAGCCCAAAAAGAUUUACUUUCUGGUGGAAUUGCCCAAGUUUCCUCGAGGUGAGAGAGUGCCGAGACGGAUGAGGUCUGCAGGCGUUCAUCACAUGAGCGCCACGGACCGGCUAGAAGCGCUGAUGAAGAUGCGAAGGUCGAGUUCCGAUGUGUCGGCGGCGGUGAGAAGGGAAUGGGGGCCGGUUCAGAUCAAGCUGAGGCUGCCCAGAGCUCAGGUGGAGAAGGUGAUCGUAGAGAGCAGGGACGAAGGUGAGGCGGCGGAAAAGAUCAUCAAUCUUUGUAUACGUGAUGUCGACAAAGGCCGUUAGUUUAGUUGUGUGUUGCCGACAUUUGUGUUGUCUUA